GCCCCCACAGCACUUUAUAAACUCCUACCUAACGAGAACAAUCUGUGUGAAGGCCGCAGAGCUCAGACACUCACUGGGAGGCUGAAGGGGGAGGAGAACAGUGGAGAGGCACUAUCCAGACAAACCUCCAGCCUGAAAUCUGAAACUACAGAAGUGGCGUGGCUCGCCGAGCAUUUGCAACUCUUUGCCGUGCUGUCUGUCCCUCACAGUUUAUUUUUUCCAGACCGGUUUCACACAUCAUCCCUCAGAGGGGAUUCCAACAGAGAGACUUCUCCUGCCACAGUGGAUAAUCCUGAGGGGAAACCAUGCUCCCGAUGGCCCUUCAUCUAUUCGGUCUCUGCGUGGUGUUUUGCAUCAGCAGCAGCUUGGCCAACCCAUUCACUUUGUACAGUCCUCUAGAAGGAAGUACAGAUGAGGAAGAAAUCAGUAUCUCAACUUCCUCUCUGCCCACUGGCCACCUUUCCUCUGAGUAUCAAACCACUGGCCACCUUUCCUCCGAGUACCAGACCACACCUGUUGGCCCCGUCCAUGUGGAAACUGACUUUCUGACUCAAGCUGUGGACUUUCUGCUGCAGAACAUGCUCCUUAUACUUGUUGGAGGCUCCUUCAUCCUUCUUGUCCUCCUCAUUAUUUGUGGAGCAAUCAUAAUGACCCGCAAGCGCAAAGUCAAUGCCUACUACCCGUCCGCCUUCCCCUCAAAAAUGUACGUGGACCACAUGGACAAAACCGGAGGAGCUAAGAUCUUUGAUGAAGUGCCAGAAAAACCCGUACCUGAGCAGGAAAGUGAGCCAGUGGACUCUCACAAGCAGCUCCAGGCGGACAUCAUGAUGGCUGCCAAGAGGCUGCGUACACCAAAUAAAGGUGUCGAUGCUGCAGAGGGAGGAGAACCUAGUGAGAAAGUAGCAGACCAGAGUCCUGAGGAUAGCUCUCAGGCAGAUGGCAGUAUCCUGGAGGAGCUACUUCCAACUCUCCCUGAGGAGAAGGAGCUGUGUGAGCUUUCUGACAGUGAAGCAGCUGCAGGAGGAGGCCCUGAGACGAAUCCUCCAGAAGAAGAGGAUCCACUGGAGCCUUUGACUGGCAGGGGUCUCCGGCCAUCCUCUAUGAUUAUCCACAAUGACUCGGCUUCACUUCAGCUGAUCGCAGGAGAGAAAACUGCCUUCUGAAUAUUCUGAAAACUGACAUUAAAGCUUUGACUCCAGGAAUGACAAUCACUCAACUUAAACAUCACAUUUUCAUUCAGCCAUUUUUGCAUUAUUGUAUGUUAAUAUUAAGUGCAGGGAAGGUGCACACUGAAGGCUGUUGCUUUGCUCAGAUUGACUGAACUACAUUAAAAUCAGGUUCAGAGCAAUUCGCUAAGCACGUGUAUAAUAACUUAAACAAUGUACUUCUGCAAAAGUAUUGAAAAAUCAGUACAUACAUGUUUAAAAUGAGACCGGUAAAGAAAACCACUUCUCAAAAAAUAGGUUUUGGUUUCAAGAUACUUUUAUUGCAGACUGUCAAGGAAGGAUUACUAAACCACCACAAAUAACACUUAAAACAAAUGGACCCUUUCAUUGUUUCAAGCCACUUUACUUUAUUGCAUAUCAAAAGGUCAGUGCUUAGGGUGCAUAUAGGAUACAGCUCUUAGCUUUCAUCAUUAUCUCCAUCACACCCCAAACACAAUCCCAAAAA